GGGUGCGAACGAAGGCAGAAGAUCACUUCAUCCGCUCGGCUGCGCACUGCAGAUUUCAUACAGGAGAGAUCCUGUACAGGUUAAUGCGAGACGGGGUCUCCAUCACGGACCCCGUGGGGAGGGCUAUGGCAGAGAGGCACAUGGACGUCUGCGAGGAGGAGUUGGAGAUGGAGGACCUGCGAAGGACCGAUGAGGCGGCCGCCCCUGCUGCAGGCAUGGCAGACGACCGGGCUGCUGGUCAUGGAGAGGAGUCAGCAGCCCGAGGGGUGGAUCCCACGAUGACGGAUGAGGGGCGGGUUGGUGGUGUGCGUGUAGAGGAUGAGCUCACUACACUCAGAGAAAGAAUACAAGUCCUCGAGGCGGGGCGAGGGUCAACGUUCGAGGCCGAGAGUCGAUAUGACGAGUUGCACGACUUUAUGGUGUCACUGAUGAGGGCGACAAUCGGGCCAGCUUUGGUCCUGCCCUCAUACAAUGACAUGCGCACACGACUCCUAGAUGACAUCUACCAUGAGAUUGCAGAGAGAGUCGCGCCGAAGAAGGCGAAAUGGAAGCUGACAGGGUGUACCAUGAUGAUGAAUGGGGCUACAACGAGGUCGUACAAGCCCGUCGUCAACUUCAUUGCAGCGGGCGAGGACGAGCCAGUCUUGAUCACCACCGUCGACAUGUCGGUGAGGGACAAGACUCAGGCUGGCGUGGCACUGGCGGAUUUGUGGGAGGAAGUGAUCCGAGAUAUUGGCGUUGACGUUGUCAAUGCCUAUUGCACUGACAAUGCUUAUGCCAAUAAGGUGGCUGCGCAGCGGUUGCAGGACCAUCCGGAUACCGCCAUCUCUCGGAUGAGUCGGAUCCCUUGGCUCCCCUGUGCAGCCCAUUGCUUGAGUCUCCUCCUGCGAGACAUUACGUGCUUCGAGUGGGUGCGCCCUAUCUUGAAGAACACACACAAGGUUGUGAUGUUCGUCAAGAAUAUUCAGAAGGCCGUCACGUAUCAUCGAGAUGCGCUGUCGGCGCAAGGAGGGGGGGAUCGUGCUAGUGCACGACUGUUGCAGGGACGGGACUACGAGGAUGAGGAUGUCGAGGACGUCAUUUACAAGGCGGAUGACAUCUGGGCGGGGAAGGACAUGAUAGAGGAGAUUGCUGCGGCGGGGAAGGGGAAGGAGGUAGUCCGCGAGGACCCUCUCGUCUCUCGUGUGUGGGACAGGUGGGGUGGCCUCGACAUUGUAGAUGACCUGGAUGGUUACCUGCACGGUUCAAGACACACCCUUCAUAUGAUGAAGGACAUUCAGGAAUGUCGCAGACCGGACGAGGGGAGUGCACGGGUUCAGCAGGACCGCCGUGUGGACACGGGCUUUCAGCCAACCACCUUCGAUGGUGAGGCAGGUUGUAGUGCAGCUACCACAGAGAGCACCCUGACCUGGAGGAGCCCACCUAUGGAGCCACGCCAGGCAGAGAGAGAGAUGGGAGCUGAGGUUCCGGGGAGAGCAGACCAUCGUACAAGAGAGAGAGUACCAGCAGGGGAGACGACUGAGGAGAAACGGGCCAAAGUUGGAAAGCGCUUGGAGGAAAUCUGGCAGGAAAGACAGAGGUUAGAGGAGGCAGGGACACUCCCAGAUCAACCACCACCACCUAAGCCAUACGGAAUCAAGGAGAUGUGGGACGAGUUCUUUGACCAGCAUGGCAAGGGAUUGACGACUCCAGAGAGGGCAGGAGUCGAGACUUCGAGGAUGGCGGAUGAGUACUUGGACCGAAAAAUCCGCUUCCUGGCCAAGACAUCCUUCGAUAGGUAUCUGAUGUUGGAGGCUGAUCUGGCCGGGAAGAAGAUGAAGGAGGUAAGCCAUGGGGUACGUCUGGAGGCAGUUGAGGCUGAGGUCCGAGAGCUCAGGGCAUUGGUGGCUAGUCAAGUUGCCAUCAUCCAGGACUUGAGGCGGCAGCCUCGAGAUGGGGCUGGCAGGACUGACAGAGAAGAGCCUGCCAAGGUGGUGGACGGGGCGGGGAGUAGCCGACGUGGCGAUCAGAGAGAGUCGGUGCAUGCCUUAUCAGGGCCGCCAUCCGCAGUUGAACUCCCCCAGGAGCCGCCCAUGGGAAGAGCCAUCUUGGAGCCUGAGGAGGCAAAAGCCAAGAGGGAGGCAGAGAGAGAGGCCUUCGAGUUCAAAGCCCCUACUGAACUCGCCACACUGCCCAUAACAGUUGUGGAACCCACGAUAGCAACUAUGCCAUUAUCAGUUGAGGAGGGGCGGCAGACGACCAGCAGCGAGCCGGUUCAGGGUCCGGCAGAGGGGUCUAUGGAUGUGCUUCUCGAGGCAGUUCAGACUAUGCAGGAAGAGGCGAGUCUAUUUUCACCUGAGCAGAGGAUGGAGGAGCCUCCUGAGAGAGAGAUGGGGACUACGAUAGAAGACGUCAUCGAGGGCAGGCCUAAGAGGCUGGAUACGCCUGAGUAUAGACCAGAGGGGAUUGGGAUACGACCAGAAACCAGUACUCAGGAGUUGGACACGGAACCAAAGGAGCCUUUGGAUGCACCUCAAUGUCAUGAGGUGGCCAGGGAGGCAAGUGAAACACAAUCAUUUCCAGGAUCCGAAAAGAAAAAGAAGAGAGGUCGGAGGUCAGGCGACUCAUACUGCUUCUUCUGUAAGAGCGAGGAGCACAGGGCUUUGAAGCGUCCCAAGUUUCUAAAGAACCUGGCUGCAGGGAAGGUCACAGAGAGUGGUGGAAGGAUGUAUGAUAGACAAGGCAGAGUAGUAGAGCGAUCUGCAGAUGGGGGUAAGGCUCAACUGUACAAGCAGAACCAGGAGGAGAUGAAGGGCUAGUGUGAUCCCGCACUAAAGAUGUGCCUCUAGUAAAUUGAACUAAACUGU